UGUGUGUGUUGCGUUAUCAGUAAGUUAUCAAAAAAUUGAGAGAUGCAUUAAUUUUAUACGAUUUUUACGAAUUGUGAAUCUCCUUUUAUUAUUAAUAUACCGGUUACAGAAUAUUAUGAUCUUUGAUUGACACAGAUAAAUUCCAUCGUUUUGAAUAACUUGAAAAGUAAAGUAAAAUCCUGCCAUUUUAAAUAGAAACAAAACUAAAUUCGAGUGCCCUUUAAUUCAUCGAAUCCGCGACCAUGUAUUGGCGUGCAAGCCCAGUUCUCAAGAACUUAUUCUCCUUGAGAAACCUUCGAGUCGACAGACGUUUUUCGAGAACCACUCCGCUCAGGACAUGUGUACAAAUGGGGAAAACAGCUGCUGUCCAGACUGACGCGGAUUUCAAAGAAGGUUCCGAAAUCGAAGGUUUCAGAGUGAAUCGAGUUGUAAAAAUUCCAGAUUUUCAUUGCAACCUUAUUCAGCUAGAUCACACCGGUACCGGAGCCAAAUACGUUCAUGUGCAACGAAAUGAUAAUAACAAUGCGUUUUCGAUCGCAUUCAGAACCACGCCUUUCGAUUCGACCGGUUUACCUCAUAUUUUAGAACAUUUAGUUUUAUUCGGUAGCGAAAAAUAUCCUUGCAGAGAUCCAUUUUUCAAAAUGUUGAAUCGUUCUCUGGCCACGUUUCUCAACGCUAUGACGUAUCCCGAUUUCACCAUGUAUCCAUUCGCCACGCAGAAUUACACGGAUUAUUAUAAUUUAAUGUCCGUUUACUUGGAUGCGGUGUUUAGACCAAAGUUAAGACAACACGACUUUAAAUUGGAAGGCUGGCGUCUAGAACACGAAGAUGUGACCGAUUCUAAAUCUCCGAUCAUUUUCAAAGGAGUUGUAUUCAAUGAAAUGAAAGGCGUCUACUCGGACAAUCAGAACAUAUUUAUGGAAAAGGUGUUGAAUUUCGUACUGCCGAGUCACACGUAUGGUGUGAACUCGGGUGGAAAUCCUCUAGAAAUUCCUAAUUUGACGCACGACAAAUUGGUAGAUUUUCACCGAAACCAUUACCAUCCGUCUAACGCUCGCAUUUACUCUUACGGUAAUUUCAAUCUGGUUGAUCGUUUGAAAUUCAUCAACGAACAGUACCUGCAGUAUUACGACAAUUGCCCGGAUCUUGGCGAAAAGACUGUCGUGCCUUUGGAGCCUCGUUGGAAACAACCGACCAAGAAGAAUAUCGCCGGUAAACACGAUCCGUUAGCGACCGACGUCGAAAAGCAGUCUGUGUUAGGAGUAACAUACUUGUGCAACGACGUUCGCGAUGUACAUCAGCUUUUCGUUGGCAAAGUGGUUUCUCAGCUGAUGAUCGAAGGACCUACUUCGCCGUUUUACAAAAAACUCAUAGAACCUGAUAUCGGUUGCGGAUAUUCUCCGGGUACUGGGUACGAUGCGCAUACUCGUGAUGCCACGUUUUCAGUCGGCUUACAAGGUAUUCAUCGGAAUGAUUUUGAAAAAGUUGAGAAAAUCAUAUACGAUACGAUGGACGAAUGCGUGCAACAGGGUUUCGAUCAAGCAAACGUUGAAAACAUCUUACACGGAGCCGAAUUAAGUAUCAAACAUCAGAGCUCCAAUUUCGGGCUCAACUUAUUAUUUAGCAUCGCUCCUAUAUGGAAUCACGACGGCGAUAUUGCGGAUGCUUUGAACAUCUCUAAACAUAUUUCUCAAUUCAGAAACGAUUUGAAAAACAAGCAUUACCUUCGUGAAGUCGUCGACCAGUAUUUUAAAUCGAAUAAUCAUCGUUUGAUAUUAACGAUGUCUCCCGAUCAACACUACGAAGAAAACAUAAAGAAACAGGAGACCGAUCUAUUGCAGGCUAAACUAUCCGGUUUGUCUGAAUCGCAAUUACAAGAAAUUUAUAAAAUCGGUUUAGAACUGCGCGAAGAACAAAAUCGUAAAGAAGAUUUAUCGUGUUUACCAUCGCUUAAAAUUUCCGAUAUUAACGAAGAUAUCAAAAAGGUCGAUCUAGUUGUACCACCGAAGGUACCAGUUCAACUGUGUACAGUUCCUACGAACGGCGUCACGUAUUUCAGAUCUUUAUUGAAUACCGUCGAUGUACCCGAUGAUUUGAAAAGUCUGAUACCGCUAUUCGCUCAAAUAAUAUCGCAAAUGGGAACUGAAACUUACGAAUACGGUGUUUUCGAUCAAAUGGUUCAAAAUAAAACCGCCGGUCUCAACUUCUCCACGCACAUUAUCGACAGUGUUGAUAAACCGGGCGAAUUCGAAGAAAACUUGAUACUCGGAUCGCAUUGUUUGGAUAAGAACACUGAAAAUAUGUUCGAUCUUUGGUCGAUGUUAUUCAACGAAAGUAAUUUAACCGAUCUGAAUCGAUUUUCCACUCUAGUGAGAAAUAUCGCCGGAGAUUUGGCCAACGAUGUCGCAGGUUCGGGCCAUUUAUACGCCACUCUGCAUGCAGCAUCUCAUGUAAGUCCAUCGGCAUUCAGAAUGGAGCAGUUUGGAGGAUUAACGUAUAUCAAAAAAAUGAAAGAAAUCGCCAACAACGAAGAUUUGACGCCUACUUUGAAAAAGAUGAAAAAAAUCGCCGCUAUUGUCCUCAACAAGAACCGAAUCCGGUGCGCUUUGAAUUUAUCGCCUGAAAAUGAUCGAGGGUUCGGUAGCUUGGAAAAAUUCUUAUCUCGGGUCCCCGGUGAUUAUACAAAUUCCGUUAAAUCAACUCUGCCGUUGAAUAAUUCAUUUUCUACGUACCAUUUUGUUCUGCCAUUCGAAGUAAAUUAUGUUGCGAAAGCUCUCCCGGCUGUGCCUUACAACCAUCCUGAUUUCGCCGUUCUCAGGGUUCUGUGUAAAUUGGUGACUACCAAGUAUUUACUUCCUUUAAUACGCGAACGUUUCGGAGCUUACGGAGCCGGAGCUAAAUUAUCUUCGGGAGGAUGCAUUCAAUUUUUUUCGUACAGAGAUCCGAAUAACACCGAGACUGUUGAUAUCUUUGACGGAGUCGGCGAAUGGGUUUACAAGAAUGAAUUUUCAGAAGCCGAUAUCGACGAAGCUAAAUUAGGAGUAUUUCGCGACAUAGAUGCGCCUACACCUCCCAGCGAAGAAGGCAUGAGAUGGUUCGCGAAUGGAGUUUCCGACGAGGUAUUUUCUCAGCAUAGGUCUAGACUUUUGAAUGUAAAUAGAGACAGUUUAGCCUUAGCGGCUUAUAAAUAUUUAGACCCUCUUACAAUAAGAGUAUCCUCUGCAGUGAUAAUUGGACCCGAUAGCAAAAAAACAGACAGUUGGAACAAAGUUUAUAGCGAAUAAAAAGCAAAUAAAAUAGGAUUAUGUUGUGGCUGUGAUUCGCGGUAUCUGUAAAAAUGUAUAUAACUGUCAAUCGAAUUUACCUAAUGUUACUAAGAUUGUUUUUUUUUUCAAAUUUGAAGAAUAAAGUUUUUCAAAUUGUAAGAAUAAAGUUUUUCAAAUU